GCAUGCGCAGCUGGUCUGUUUUCAGACGAGUGGAAGCGAAAAAGGCAGAGCAUCAAGUUUGUUAUUUGUGAGGUUUAACUUAAACCAAAAGGUGCCCCAAUGGAUUUAGACACUGGAGCGUACGAACCAGGAUUUGUUGGGAUACGGUUUUGUCAAGAAUGUAACAACAUGUUAUACCCUAAAGAAGACAAGGAGAACCGUAUCCUGCUGUAUGCGUGCAGGAACUGUGACUACCAACAAGAGGCGGACAACAGCUGCAUCUAUGUCAACAAGAUCACCCACGAGGUUGACGAGCUGACACAGAUCAUUGCUGAUGUAUCUCAGGAUCCAACACUACCAAGGACGGAGGAUCACCCCUGUCCCAAAUGUGGUCACAAGGAGGCAGUGUUCUUCCAGUCCCACAGUAUGAAGGCUGAGGAUGCAAUGAGACUGUACUACGUCUGCACAGCCCCCCACUGUGGGCACAGAUGGACAGAGUAAAGCUGGUGAUCAAGAGGAGGUCAUACAUUUGCAUCUACAGUAUUGCUGUUCACGAAAAAAUAUUCCUAGCAGCAGCUCAUAUAGAGCUCUUUUUUUUUUUAUUCUCAGCACUGCUGAUGUCUGUUGACCUUUUGUACGAUGACUGGCAGUUUGUCAGACACAAUCUUGUGAAUAUAAUGUAUUAAUAGUUUUUUUUAACAGUUGUCAUUUUCAAAUGUGUUUUUGUUAGAUUAAAAUAAUCUGCUGUUUCAAA